GGGGUUCCGCUUCCGGCAGCGGUGGCUGCAGCCUCGCUCUGGUCCCUGCGGCUGGCGGCCCAGCCGUGUGUCUCCUCCUCCGCCGCCGCCAUAUUGUCUGUGUGAGGAGAGGGGAGAGCGGCCGCCGCCGCCGCCGCCACCACCACAGGCUCCACUCCUGAUUCCAGACUUCAUUCUCCAUCAUGCCUCUUUACAGUUGGAGAAAACAAGGGGUCUAAACAAGGCCUUACCCCUAGUUGGCUCUGAAUUAAGUGACUACCAGAACUUUAACAUCAAGUCCAGCUUUGCCCGCCAACCUGUCUGACAUGUCGGGACCCGUGCCAAGCAGGGCCAGAGUUUACACUGAUGUUAACACACACAGACCCCGGGAGUACUGGGACUACGAGUCACAUGUGGUGGAAUGGGGAAACCAAGACGACUAUCAACUAGUUCGAAAGUUAGGCCGGGGUAAAUACAGUGAAGUAUUUGAAGCCAUCAACAUCACAAAUAAUGAAAAAGUAGUUGUUAAAAUUCUCAAGCCUGUAAAGAAGAAGAAAAUCAAGCGUGAAAUAAAGAUUUUGGAGAAUCUGCGAGGUGGCCCCAAUAUAAUCACGCUGGCAGAUAUAGUAAAAGACCCCGUGUCACGAACACCUGCCUUGGUUUUUGAACACGUAAACAACACAGACUUCAAGCAAUUGUACCAGACGUUAACAGACUAUGAUAUUCGAUUUUAUAUGUAUGAGAUUUUGAAGGCCCUGGACUAUUGUCAUAGCAUGGGGAUUAUGCAUAGAGAUGUUAAACCUCAUAAUGUCAUGAUCGAUCACGAACACAGAAAGCUGCGACUAAUAGACUGGGGCUUGGCUGAAUUCUAUCAUCCUGGCCAAGAAUAUAAUGUCCGAGUGGCUUCCCGGUAUUUUAAAGGUCCUGAGCUUCUCGUAGACUAUCAGAUGUAUGAUUACAGUUUGGAUAUGUGGAGCUUGGGUUGUAUGUUGGCAAGCAUGAUCUUCCGGAAGGAGCCGUUUUUCCAUGGACAUGACAAUUAUGAUCAGUUGGUAAGGAUAGCAAAGGUGCUGGGGACAGAAGACUUAUAUGACUAUAUCGACAAGUACAACAUUGAACUAGAUCCACGUUUCAAUGAUAUCCUGGGCAGGCACUCCCGUAAGCGAUGGGAGCGUUUUGUUCACAGUGAAAACCAGCACCUGGUCAGUCCAGAAGCCCUUGAUUUCUUGGACAAACUGCUUCGAUAUGAUCACCAGUCACGACUCACCGCAAGAGAGGCCAUGGAACACCCUUAUUUCUACCCAAUUGUGAAGGACCAGGCUCGGAUGGGCACAUCCAACAUGCCAAGCGGCAGCACUCCUGUCAGCACCGCCAACAUGAUGUCAGGGAUUACUUCAGUGCCAACCCCUUCACCACUUGGACCUCUAGCAGGCUCGCCAGUGAUUGCUGCUGCCAACCCUCUGGGGAUGCCAGUUCCAGCUACCGCAGGCGCUCAGCAGUAAUGACGGCCUCUGUCUCCUGAUGCCUGAGCAGAGCCGGGCGGGGGAGGGGGUUCCACGCCAUCUCUCCCUUUGAUGCAGUUGUGCCUGGCAGGGGAGGGGAUGGAACACUUCGGAGGCGCCGUGUCUGAACAGUUGCUUGUGGAUUUAUAGUAGUUCAGUCAUUAUAAAAAAUUAUUAUAGGCUGAUUUUUUCUUUUUUCUUUUUUUUUUUUUUACUCGAACUUUUCGUAACUCAGGGGAUUCCCUGACAAAUUACCUGCAGAUGGAAUAUUUCACGGACGAUUUCCCCCCUCCCCAACCCAACCCAACCCUAAUCCCAGCUCUUCAUCUCAAGAACAAUGAUGAACCAACCCUUUUCCUGGCUGUUGCAUUUAGCUGGAAAUCUCUUCCAGUUCCCACCAUUACUCCUCCACCAGCCCACACCUUGGGAGGUCUGUUGUCUUUGUGCUCUUCUCCAGAGAUUACCAAAAUACAGCUUUUCCAGGGAAGCAGGAAGGAAGGGGAAGGAGGAAGAGGGCCCAAUUCUUCAUAGUAAUGUACUGGUCUCUUUAACACUCAACUCCAGGGGAGCUGGAAUCCAGUAGGGUACACUGGCCCAACCAUGGAACACAAUCACAUAGAUGUUGAAAGUUUACCCAAAGUGCAUACAGGUCAUAAAAACCUCCACUCAGUAUGAAUCAUGUCUUAUUGACCUAACCCUAAAUUCAGCUCACUUGCAUGUAAUUUUAGUUUUAAAGUUUAAUUUGAAAAUUAAACACUUGCCCUCCCUUCUUCCCCCCUGCCUCCCCAGUCUUCUUCCUUUAUUCCCCUUCCAGUCAAGGUUCCCUAGUAGAGUUGACUGUACUAUAGGUAAGAUCUUUUUUCACGUAGCAGAUGAGGGGUGGGGGAGACAAGGAGAAACCUUCCCUGAUUUUUUUACUUGCAAUUUUGCAUUAAAUUUGUUACUGGGUAUAACCUCUUGCCUUUUUAAAAAAAAAAACACAACAGCAACAGAAACCCCAAAACGUUGUUUAUACCAAUUUCAUGCUAAUGGCUAUUAAAGAGCUAGAGCUGAUGGGACAUCAGACCACACCAAGUAACAUUUUGAGGCUUCUUUUUCCCCUAUUUGCCCUUUUCCUUCACGUGCCAUCCAGUGAGAAUACCUGUGACCUCAGUCUCAUAAAUGUAUGCUGAGGGGCAGGAGCAAAGCAAAGUCCCUCUAAAUGAAAGUGAAGCAGUAGAUCUGUAGUUGUGGAACAAUAUUAACCGUUGACAACGACAAAGCACCCUUAUUUCAGCCCUGCUCCACAUUCCUUGCUGUGUGUAUAUAUAUAUACUACUUUGUCCUUCCUAUGUGAAAGAUCCAGUGUUGGAAUUCUUUGGUGUAAAUAAACGUUUGGUUUUAUUUAUCAAGGUUAGAUUUAA